UCAAGCAGAGUUUAGGACAGGAACCCCUCCACAUGGCAUCAUCUCUUUAUGCUGGCCAAGAGAGUUAUUAUUCAAACAACUUUAUCAAGGACUUUACUGAGACCAAUCGUUUGGGUGUGAGGAGAGGAGACUACAGCUGUAACUUGACCAUAUCCAAGACAGAGCCAGGGGACUCAGCUAUGUACUUUUGUUCUACUACAGACAUCUAUGAGCAAACAUUUGGAGAGGGAACUGUUUUAUUUGUCAAAGACUCAGAGUCCAACAGCAUGUCUGUGCUCCAGCAGCCUGUGUCUGAGUCAGUCCAGCCAGGAGACUCUGUGACUCUGAACUGUACAAUUCACACUGAGACCUGUGCAGGAGAACACAGUGUCUAUUGGUUCAGACAUGGCUCAGGAGAAUCCCGUCCAGGAAUAAUUUACACCCAUAGAAACAGAAGUGAUCAGUGUGAGAAGAGCUCUGAGGCUGGGUCUCCUCCACAGAGCUGUGUCUACAACCUCCCAAAGAGGAACCUCAGCCUCUCUGAUGCUGGGACUUACUACUGUGCUGUGGCCUCAUGUGGGGAGAUACUCUUUGGGAACGGGACCAAGUUGGACAUUGACGACCAUAGAGCAGAUCCUCUUCUCUUGGUGUCCUGCCUGGGUGUAGUAUUGUGUGUCACGUUCACCUUGAUCAUUGUCCUGGUUUGCAUCAUGUACAAGAUGAACAACACAACAUGUGUGCAGUGCAGAGGACUCGUCUCUCAGACCAGAAGUCCUUCAGUUACCAGAUCAGAUGUAGGGGACCAAGAUGGAGACAGUCUCCAUUACGUUGCUCUGAAUCUGAGCAACAAGAAGAACAGGUCUAGAAGACAGAGAGGUCACAUGGAGACAGUGGUGUAUGCUGGGAUCAGACAGUAGAACUGGAUGAAUGAACCAAUGAUCAUUUUAUACUAGAUAACUCUUUAUUAACUAGUUCUAGCUUCAUGAACUAUCUGUGAAUGCAUAAGCAGUCA